AUGUCUCUGCGCGAGUGGUACGCGAACCGCGUGGUGCUCCUCACGGGAGUCAACAGCGAAUUGGGACGCGUUCUGUUGGAGAAGAUCCUACGGUGCUUACCGGGCGUCAGGGUGUAUGUCGUUCUCAGAUCCCAAAAUGGUCUCAACGCCGAGGAACGGCUAAAGAAGAUAUUCGCGUCGCCUGGGUACGAACGACUGAGGCAGGAGAUGCCGGGCGCGAUCUCACGCGUGAAAACGUUCGAGGGGAAUCUGCUUUACGAGGAUCUUGCCCUAAGCACUGAAGACAAAGCCGCGUUGAGAGAGGUCACCGUGGCCUUCCAUGCCGCCGGGCCGCACGACUUCUUCCUGGAAUAUUGUCAGGAUUUGCCGAAGCUCAAGAGCGUCGCUGUGGCGUCCACCAUUUUCAAGCAUCGCGGCAAGAUAGAAGAGUGUCUACAGAAUGAAAAGAUUCCCGAGUUACCUAUCGCUCUGGUGCGUUUUCCUUGCAUCGGCCCGGCUUACAAGGAACCUAUGCCCGGUUUCGUUGAGACCCUCAAAGCACCCACCGCCCUCAUGAUCGGCGCGGGCUUCGCGCUCGGCAAUUCGGAAUUGCCGGCCGAAGUCACCCCGCUAGACACAGCGGUAAACACGAUGAUCGCGGCCGCGUGGGAAAUUGGCAUAACCAACGCUACGAAACCGGUGGUCUAUAAUGCGGCACUGCUGGGCUGCACGUGGGACAAUCUGAUUAAAAAGAGUCAACGGGCUGGCUGCACAUUUCCCUAUCCAACCUUCGGUAUCCGCGGAAUGACGUCCUUUGAACCGCUGUACUGGAUUUUGGUGCUGCUCCUCGAAUGGCUGCCAUCCUUACUCUGCGACAUUGUCUUCGGUCUAAUCGGCAGAAAACAGAGGAUUCUCGCGGAGUACGACAGAGUUCGUAAUGCACUUCAACCUUUGAAGUCAAUUUCAACGAGGCCGUGGCCAGCGGAAAGGAAUCGCGUGUACCUGCUGCAGGAACGUCUCACGAAGGAGGAGCAGGAUGUAUUUCCGAUCGUUCCGGAGAUCGACAUUGAAAGUUAUGUCCUCUGCGCCGCAGCUGCCACCCGGAAGUACUGCGUGAACGAAGACAAUAUUAAAAGCAUAAGAAUGAUUUAUCUGUUCUUCUUAUCCGUGCCCGUGAUACUUGUCGUCGCGUAUAUUGCGUCACGUACAUUGUUGUCACGCGUAUAAAGUUAAGUAACAAUUAUAAUGUUUUUUUUUUGUACACAAAAAGGCUUUUUUGCAAAAAUUUAUAUAAAAGAAACAACAUAUCUUUGAAACAUCUAUACUCUCUGAGAACAGAUACUUUUAUAAUUAAUAAUCACGUUUACGUAAUUACAUUAUAUACAUAGAUUUACAUUAAAUUAAAUUUACACUUCAAAUUUUAAUUUUAUUUCUUACAUUUUCGUCAGGUGUAGCCUUAUUCAAUCGAAUAGCAUAUAAGAUUAAAGUAUAUUAGAUUUUAUAUUAGUAGUAUAUACAUAUAUAUGUAUAUGUUAAUAAUAUUAAUAAUACAAUAUUUACUCUAUUAUAAGUCAUUCUAGCGCGAAGUCUUUUCUGGUGUAAGGAAAAUACCUCGACCAUUCACGAGGUCAAUUUUGGAAGCAUACUCGGCUGGAACCGUACGUAACGCUUUGCAAAUAUUCGUGAGAAUUGCACGAGACGCCUACAUGAGGAAAUGCCGUUUGGGUGAAAGUUUCUAGGCGCGGCAGUAUCAACGAAGAUAUAUUUCCAGCACGUUCUCUCUAUAUAUGCAAUAUCGCCGUGCUGACUUGCAUUCAUUCCACCUAUCGAAAGGGAUACAGGAAAAACAAGGAAUAUUAUUUGCAGAUUUUGUAUGUUUCCUCUUGAGAAUAGGAAUGCGCAAAAUUCUCGCGAAAGCUGCUCGGUAUAUGCAAUAACGCGGUAUAUGGGAAUCGCCUUGCUUCAAGGCCGAAUGCGAAGAUAAGAUGCGAUAAUACUUUAAGUAACGAUAGUUUAGAACAAUAA